AUGCGGUGGAUUGUGGUGACGCCGCCGGUGUGCCUUCAGGAAGCUCGAAGAUGCCUGAUCCGAGACUUUUGCGGAGCUUCGAAACUGCCGGACGAUCGAUUUCGUCGGCUGGCGAUACGAUACAAUCCAAAAGGAACGCAGGACCAGAGCUACGCUACGAUUUUCGCCUUAGUGGCCGAGGCGUACGACGUGCUUUCUGAUCCCUUUAGGAGGGCCAUAUACGAUCAAUUCGGGGAGGAAGGCCUUAAAAAUGGCGUGCCGAGCGCAGAAGGUUUCAUUGAACCCUACGUUUAUCACGGGGAGCCGAUGAGAACUUACAGGGAAUUCUUUGGGACCGACAAGCCUUAUGCUGAUCUACUCCAUGUACUAUCGCAGCCUUCGACUCUGCUGGAAUUUCCCGAGGGACGCGGUUUGAAGCGCAAGGAAGAGCCUCUGAUAAAAACCUUGUACCUAACCCUAUUGGAGGUCCUUAAUGGGGGAAUAAAGAAAAUGAAGAUUCAGAGAUUGGUCCUUGUGGAGGACGAUAAAUCUAGGACAGUGACGAAAGAGAAGAUCCUAACGAUACCUAUUAAACCGGGCAUCCCCAGAGGAACGAGGAUCGUCUUCCCGAAAGAGGGCGACCAGGGACCCACCAAGGUUCCCGCGGAUGUAAUCUUCAUCACGGAGGACCGGCCCCACGAGACCUUCCGAAGAGAGGGCUCUGACUUGCACAUGACGGUCGAUAUCUUUCUGCGAGAGGCACUGACCGGAACAGUGGUCACCGUCAACACCCUCGACGACAGAACCCUUCGAAUCCUAAUAACGUCUGUCAUCAAGCCAGGAUACCGGAAGUGCAUACCUAAUGAAGGACUACCGCUACCGGAAAUUCCGAACAAAAGAGGAUCUCUUGUCAUCGAGUUCAAAGUUGAAUUUCCUGUGUACAUGCCAGUGUCUAAUAAAGAUCUGGUUAAAAGAGCUUUUGAAGCGGCUGGCGAUAUCAAGGACGCGGAGUACGUCCAUCGUUUCAUAUUGGCGAAUAAAAUGCGAAUGAACGUUGACUUCGAUGUUCCGGUACGUCGGGACCCAGCUGACCUUGAAGCCGAAGAAUUGGAGCAAAUAUGUAAACACUAAUAUCAAGUUGCAUCUUACAUUACAUCUGCCACACAAAAUUUAUAUAUUGCAUUACAAUUGCCCAUUCCUGUUACUCUAUCCUUACAACUCAAUCGCCACGCUACGCUUUAGGUUACUAUUCCCGUAUGACAAACGAUAGAAAGUAUUCUAUUGCCUAUGCAAAUGUCAGAUCAGCCAUUUUGUAACAACUUACUUAUAAAUAAAAGAUUUUGUAUACC